AUGUUGAUGUUUGUUCCUAUAGGAUAUAUAGUACACUUUGUUACUCGAAAUAUCACUGCAAUCUUUUUUAUGCCCUUUCUAGCUAUCAUACCAUUGGUUAGAUUGCUCGGGUUUACAAAUGAAGAGCUUGCAGAAAGUGUCGGUGAGGUAGUGUUUAUUGAAAAACAAUUAAUAAUAGCUAUAGUAGCGUUGGCGAAUGGUCAAAUUCGUGUUGUUCAAGCGUCGAUGUUGGGUUCUGUACUCUCUAAUAUCCUAUUAGUAUUAGGAUCGUGUUUUCUCGUUGGUGAGCUCGCUAUUCUUAAGGAAGACAAACUUGAACAAAAAUUUAGUUCGAAUGCUGCACAAGCAAGUUCUAGUUUUCGUAUGGAAAAUCAUCUUGAAAAUAGGAUGGUUUUUAAUAACAACUAUGUUGAAUUUAGCAGCCUCAUAUACCAUAAGUCUAUAGCUGAAGGAGGUUUUGGAAAAAUCUACCUUUAUUCCUGGAAAGACCGUUUAUCAUAUGUUAUACUUAAACACUAUAAAAGAGAAGAGAGUUUUGAUAAAACAAUUAGCAAAGAUUAUAUUAGAGAG